CACGAGGGGGGGACACUGUACAGGUGCGAGUGCCAGUGCGUUAGCGCGUGCCUGCGUCGGCGUGCGCGUGUUGGCGCCUCCAGCCCCGCUACAACGGUCUGCAGCUGACUGACAGCACCCGCCAACCGCCCGCUGGAAUCCGCGUCCGCCACAGCCAGUACCGCUUCAACCGUGCCACCUGUGGAAAACGCAGCUGUCAAAGUGACGCACCUGCUAUCCCUCCACGAGUGGUUUCUCUGCUCCUCGCAAGUGCCGUUAGUUACCACACGCAGUAUCCGACAGCGCUCUGUGACGUCCUUUCCCUACUGGUCCGCGCGGAUUUGACGUCACUAAAACACAGUGAAGUGGUGAAGUGUAGACUCUCCAGGAAUUCUCCUAGAAGAAGACAUAGUCGAAGACCAGGUGAAAGGAUUGCAACCGUUCCAGUAAGUUCCGGAGCGUGGGCGCGCGCGUAACGUCAUUAUUGCCGCUUCAAGGACGUUCCAGUGUGCGGAUCUUGGAUAGUGUCCAGCGACCGUUGCUGGACCAGCUCCGCGCAGCGUCUCGGCGCUCGGCUACGUAUUUUGCAAAAACCAGAACUGCCGCGAGCCAUGGCGCUGCUGUGUUUCCAGUGUGCGGGGACGGUAAUUGCAGUCUCUGCCGAGCGGAGGCCAGCGGUUUGAUAUCGUGUCGCGUGUGUUAUUGUUCUUCGCUCUCUACUGUUGGCUCUCGCCCCGAGGCAUUGUGCUGCAGCGUUUAGUCGUGACACGAGCCACGAUAAACUACAACAGCGCACAAUAGUUGUGGUGGUGUUCCGUCUCGCAGGAGGCGGUAUCUUUUCAAACAGUCUCCAAAAGUCAGUCAAGAUUUCGUCCGCCAUUCGUUCCCGCCUGACAGCCAUGUCGGAGGGCUUCCGCGCGCGGGACAUUGGCCUGCGCGCCCAGAAGAAGAUCCUCGGCCGCAUGGCCAGCAACAAGUCGGUGGCGAAAGUCUUCAUUGACGAAACCACGGGCUCGCUACUCGACAACGUCUACCGGCUGGCCAAAGCAUACACUGGAAAUCGCAAAGAAGCGGAAAAGUUGGUGAAGAACAUCAUAAAACUGGUUGUGAAGUUAGGAGUGCUCUACAGAAAUGGGCAGUUCAGCAAUGAAGAGCUGCAUCAUGCAGAACGCUUCAAACAGCGGUUUCAUUCAACUGCCAUGGCUGUUGUUUCAUUUUAUGAGGUGGAUUUCAGUUAUGAUCGUAUGUAUCUUCUAACUGCCCUGGCUGAAGCUCGUACAGCGCUGGGUUUACUGGUUGGACGUCACCUUACUGACAAGAGCAUCACACGAAUUGACUCAAUUUUCAACUUCUUUGGUGAUCCCCAGUUCCUCGACACAGUAUUUCGACGAGAUUCUGAACUUCGGCCAGAACUAGGGCGAGUGGUUGAAGACAUGAACCGAGCAAUGGAUGAAGGUGGCAUGUAGUGACUGUGACAUUCCCUUCUGGUUGUCUGUCAGCCUCAGGUAGUUGUGUGUGCACCAAUAAAAGUAAAGGUACACUAGACUGUUGGGACAGCUUAUCACCAGCGAUGAAGAUUAUAUACCACUAGCUGGAACAAAUGAAUCUAUUGCUUAUUGAAUGAGUACCACAUGGUGUUAAUAUUGCCAUAAAUUGUAUCAGCAUUUUUAAAUAUCUUGCCAGGUAUAUACAUUGUGAAAAAGAGGUUGGUUUUUGCAAAUUUCUGUACUACCUCUGUAGAAGUACAGAAUUAAUUUUUCUCCCCAAAGAUAUGGCCUUGUAGGCAGCCACAUUCCAUAUCAUUGUUGUAGAGUGGUAUAGUUGUCUGCUGAACUAAGUAGCAUGAAUGCAGGUCCCAGUUCUUUCGCUGUGUGCUUUGAUUUUUUCAAAUAACUCACUAAUGCAUCCUCACAUCCUUCUUACAUUUCACUGGCAAAUUUCACAAAAUCAGUUUGAUUUUGCUUAAAAAAUUUGCUACAGUUUUAUAACUUAGUAAAAAAAUCUACAAAUUUCAAAAUGUUGCUCAAAGCUUGUUUUUAAAUAGUCUGUAAUGACUCAUUUCAGCUUUGUGUAAGAAAAAGUACUUGAAUAAGAGGGCUACAGGUAAGUGAAUACUUAACUCACAAAUGGAGAUACAACUGGCAAAGAAAAAAUAUACUGAAUAUGGAUUCAUCAGUUUUUGAACCCACCAUAUGAUUGUCACAAGUGAAGUUAUUUGUCACUCCUACAACUACAAUAAUUGUCAUGUUCUGAAUUUUGCACCUAGUUUUCCCCACAGUUCGAGCUAUACUUCCCAGAUAAAAAUUUGUGUAAUAUAACAUUUCAUUAAAGAACUUACAAUUGUACAUAAACUAAUCUACAUGCAAUCCCUAUACAAUAUCAGCACCUUUCAUUGCAAGAAGUCACUGCCAUAUUUUGAGAAUUUAUUUGAUUAUAAAGUUGUGUCAAUAAACAAAUAUUUGCUGCAUAUAUUUUGAUAAACUAUUUGACUAGUCUUCUAGUAAUGUGCACAUCAAACUGUUUAUGCACUGUGUCAUUUUAUAAAAACCUCAUACAAGUCACUGCCUUUGUUUUGCUGAUGUUUGUUCAAGCAAGUGAAAUUGACAGAGAAAUGAGAUAAGAUAAAUGUAUUAUGAGUAACUCAUAAACGUGUAAGAUAACAUUUUGCAUCUGUUAAUUUAUGUACAUACAUAUCACAAAUGACCAAGGUACAUCCAAAGUUUUGUAAUGCAUCUGUACAAUGUAACCAUAUAGUAUUAUAAAAUGCAUUAAAUAGUGUAGAAGUGUCAAAAGAAACAAAAAAUACUUUCAGAAAAGGUAUGUAUCUCAGUGAAACAAUAGGAAUCUGUUUGAUCAGCAACAUUGUGCUAAAGCCCUGUGGACAUUUUGAAUAAAAGUCUUACACUUUCACAGUUUUACAAAAAAUUAUAACAGUUAACCAAGGCACACACACACACACACACACACACACACACACACACACACUCACUCUCUCUCUCUCUCUCUCUCUCUCUCUCUUUCUGCUAAUUCUACUGCCUGUCCUAUCUUAAUAUCUGGUAAUGCCUUUGUUUGAAAAUAUUUUCUAUGAGUGUGCUUACUUUCCAUCUCCUAGUGUAAUGGCAUUGGACUAAGAGAGCUUAUCUGGCAUGUAUGAAAAUACAACCAAACAUGGGAAACACUAGCUGGGAUAGUUUUCAUAUCUUACAAGUUAAUUUAAAAACCUUACAACGAUAUAGGAAUGCAUGCUCAUUUGUGAUCCUUGCUGUAAUGGAACUGCCCCACUCAUUUUGCUCAUUGGUAGUGAAAUCAAGUAGUAUGACACAAGUAGCUAUUUGUUUUCCAAGUUGUAUGCAUCCGGUUCAAAGCAUGUGUGUAUUCUGCUAAUAUGUAGUUGUAACUCCUGAUCACUCCAGUAAAGAAGGCAGUAAUUUUUAAAUACCUUCCUAAUUCCAUUGACUCUGUUAAAAAUCUAGUUAAAAUCGAUUUGAAUAGAAUAGUCACAUGUAUCGUGUAAUAUUGCAGACAUCAACCCAUUUUAUUUCAUAAGCAUGCAAGUAAGAGACUACCUUCUGGAAACCAAAUAGUGCACGCCAUUGGCCUUCUGCUGUUUGUACUGAUGACAGAUUUGACACUUGUCAUAACUACAGGCAUAAAUGAAUUCUGUAGAUCAGCUAACCAAACAUCAGUAAAAUUUUAUUCUGUCAAAAGAUACUUUGUAAACUACAGUGAAAAUUUUACUUUGCUGUAUUUGAGACUUGAUGAAAUGAUAUGCAUUGUGACAUAAUAAUAAGAGUGUAGCUGUCCUUUGUGAUAACUUGAUUUACUAUUUACGCACCAUUCACGUGAUAAAUUGUGGGGGGGGGGGGGGGGGAUUGAAAGGGAAAAGAAAGAACAAAAAUUAUGAACUUCAAAAUUUGAUGCUUCUAUUUUACGAGGCUCAAGGGGAACAAAUGGUUGCUGGUACAACAAUGCAAUAGCUAUUUUUAAUUAACUGUUAAAGCUCAUGCAGAAGCAUAGUCAGAUCUAGAUUUAUGUUCCAAGAUAUACAGGAUAUUUUUUGUGCUUUCUUCAUCUGUCAAAUGAAUUAUUGUUAAGCCUAGCGACUACAGUGUAGAGGGGAGUGCAUAUCUUGCACGAAAUUGUAUUACUAUGUCUAUAACUAUUUAUUAUACUUGAUCCUGCUUGUUAUCAGGUGUAGUACGCAAUGCACAUAGUUAUUUUUUCCUGUAUGUCUACUCAUUAAUGUAAUGUAACUGUUAUCCUUUGUGCAUAUUAUAUUACUCCAUACCUGUGACCAUAUACAAAAUGAAGGCAGUACAUUCCACUUCCAUUCUAUGCUAGUGUUUUUAUAGUGCAAAGUUACGAUUUUUGUUAAAAAUAAGAAUACAGGACCCGUAUACUGGA